AUGCUCGUCACCGGCAUCAUCCUGAUCCCGACCGCCAUCGCCACACCCGCCGCGGUGCAGGACCUUACCGAUAUGCGCAGUGUCGUCGAUGCAGCAGCAAGUGCUAUCGGAAAUCCGAAUAACCCCAAUCGAGGCUUUGGCUUCAACCUCUUCGGCGGCAGCGGUCAGAUGGGUACUGCCGACCUCGUCAACAACAUCACCAACACUAUCCUCCGAGCAAAGUACCAACUAGACACGAACAGGGUACGUGUCUUGACCGCUACCUCGAGCAUUCUGAUAACCAGCACUAACAAGCACCAACAACAGACAUCAUGGCUCCAGCCCAGCAACUCGACCCUCAACGGCACCUUACCCACCUCCAGUGUGCCCACACUCGCAACCCCCACGCUCCCCCUAACAGCCAGCCUCGCCCUGCCAACCAGCAUCCCCACCACAACACCCACGCUCGACAACCUCACCAUUGACCUCACGUCCCCCUACAUGGCCUACGUCCAAUCCAUGCCCAACCUAGCCAACAGUCUCAUAACCCUCGGCCGGUCCUACCACCGCGAAAUGAACAGCCCCGUCAACGAAGCCGUCGCCGGUCUCCAGCAAAGCCUCACCACCUUCCAGACCGCACUGCUCGAAAGCGAGCUCAUCAGCGCUCAGGCUGUUAUACGCACCAUACGUGCGAGUAGUAGUCUGGAGAGUGCCGCGACGGCUUGGAGUCGCUUUCUCAAUCUACCCGGUGGUGGUGGUGAUGACGACGAUGAUGGUAACGCGGGACCUGUCUCUCCGUCGUUGCCCGCCGUGCCGGGAGUGGGAGGUCGGCGUGUCUUGGGCAGGGCCGAGGCGAAGAGGCCGCCGCCGGGGAAUGGCAGGUUCUAUAGCCACCUGGAGCUGUGGAAUCGGUCGGAGCCUAGGGCGAGAGUGUCGACGGAGGGCAAGUUCUCGCCGCAUGAUCUUGUUGUGCAGGCUGAGGAGAAGCGUGUGAGUACUACUGCUGCGGAGAAGGCGAGAGUGGGAAGGCCUUUUGUUGUUUGA